CCUGUUCUACCAAGUGGAUAUCGCACAUUUCUCUAAAAACUACCAAUUUUAUCCGGGGGAGGGGGCGUGGCACAAUGAUACAUUUCAUCUCAAAUUACCUUGCCUCCUAUUUAUGCUGGUCAAAACAAUUCUUGUCGAAUGUAUAGCUCUGUUCUAACCUUCAUCCAAUAGUUGGAAGGACUUGCUCACCCUUUGUUAUCUUAACACCCUUCAGAGUUGAACAUCCAGCUGGUGGAUACAAGAAGCUCUUUGAGACCGUGGAGGAACUCUCCUCACCAAUAACUGCUAAUGUCACGGGUAUGUGGAUUUCUAAUGCUUUCUUUCCAGAUUGCCCCAGUGUGCUAUUUUCCUUCAUGAGCAAACCUUUAUGAGGCGGGGGGGGGGGGGGGGAGAGAUACAGAGGGAGAGUUGAAGAAACCUUGGGUGUUCUUUGUUGUGAUACUAAUUUAUUUAAUUAAAGUCAAAUAUUGCAUUUCCAUAGCCUCAUGCUGAAAAUCUACAAAUUGAAAUUGUUGACCUAAUCAUCACAAGCCCUGAAAUCCUGCUGCAUACCUGGACUAAUUAAAUGCCAUUCAAGUUAACCUGACAAUCCUAGAACAUCGCAAUAGAAAUUCAAUACUGUAACAAAGCAACAAAUCUCUGGACAUGCCCUUCUUUCAAACGCCUUCCACGAAACAAAACUUUGCUCUCCCCACUCUCUGGCCUUUGUACAGUGAGGCUUUCUUCAGUGCAGAAGUAGACUUCUAAGUUUGGUAAACAUCUUCUAAACAGAACGUCAAAUUUUUCUUUUUGCUGGAUAACAAAUGUAUUUAUUUAGCCCCAUUCUUGGGGCUCAUGUAAUGUAAGUAAAAUAAUAGCUAGAAUCUGUAGUGACUUGGAGAAGCUCUGUGAUGUUCCUCCCCAGAGAUGUUAUGGUCCCUGAGGCAGAAAACCCAAUUUUGCUAUCCCUUCCCAAUCAUUGCCCAGUCAGAGGGGAAAAUAUAUUUAUCCAAGCAACUGACAAUUUGCUGCUUUUUAAUAGUUUCCAGAAAUCAGCUGCUGCCUUACAAUCUGUCUGUGUUGGCUUGGCACACUGUGAGUGUAUGUUGGGUGGGACCAGGCCUCAUGCUGUCCUUCACUCGCAGCAGCAUCUGGGAAGGCAGCCUGUGGGGCAGAAGAUGAGAUGGGAAAUUACCACCCUCAUGUUUUCCAACCUUAGUCUUCUUUUCUCAGCUGCCACCAUUGUCAAUUUGAUUCUGUGAGGGGUGACCAGCCCUGAGGAGCUAGGCCUCCCCUCACCCCUCACAAAUAUAUUGAUACAAAGAAUAAGGGAAGACUUGAGACCGCUUAGCCAAUAGGCUGCUUAGCAGCCUGAUUUCUUAGUCGAACACAGUUGGCAUCUCCCAUGGGCCCUUUUAUUUCUUAAAUAUGUGACGGCGCUUUUUGCUAUCAUUGCAAUAGGCAGGAUUCCAGUCUGGCUCAGAGGCAGUUUACUCAGAUGCGGGCCAGGUUUAUUUGAAGUUGGCUCAGAACCAUUUUAUCAUUUGUUUGAUGGCCAAGCACUUCUUCACAAGUUUGACUUCAAGGAGGGGCAUGUCACUUAUCACAGGAGGUAAGCAUCUCCAUUUUUACUACUCGGCAUUCCCCACCAAUAGCAAUCAAGCCCAAGGCAAGGCCUUUGUCCAAAUCAAAUUGAAUUUUUAAAACAUUCUGUUCCAGAGCUAAUAAUGCAUUUUGGCUAUAUUUUAUGUUCUAUGAAAUGGGGAUCGGCAAUCUGCCUCCCAGGCUUUCUGGACAAUAGCGUUAAGGAUUGCAUAGCAUGGUGAACAUUGAAAUGUCAGGGGUUAAUAAUAUCCAGAGUUUGGGCAACAAGGGCGCUUAGGGUUGGCUUACUCCAUCCUGCACAUAGCUCCCCACCUCCACCCCAGCCUUUUCUAGAACUUGUUCCAUGCCUCUUCUACUUCCAUCCUUAUUCACACAUUGCUGGUAACAGCACGGGGACUCCACUCUGGUGGCUACUCCUUUGUCGCUUCUUGACAAUGUCUGUAACUUCCAUCCAUAUAGUUAGGGUCGUUUGAGCAGAUAUGUGACAUACCACUUAGGGCCCAUUCUACAGUUACUCUCAGCAACCCAGCAACUGCAUCACCUUCCCAUGCAACUCCAGAAAUCCAAGAUGCUAUGACAAGAGCUGAUUCCCAUGCCAAUGCCAUCCCCCCUGGGGCAUGUGACAGGCCGCAUGGGAAGCGCACUCGUCCUAGGUGACCUGAGGAUUUCAACAUACCAGACCAAAACAACCUUUCUUCCUUCUCUAUAGGUUUAUCCGGACCGAUGCCUAUGUAAGGGCAAUGACCGAGAAAAGAGUCGUGAUUACAGAAUUUGGCACCUAUGCUUACCCAGAUCCAUGCAAGAAUAUAUUUUCCAGGUGACAAAACAAAGGCAUAUUGUAGGGGAUGAAGCCAUGUUCUUUUUUUCCCCACCAGAAGAAAUAAUCUAGUGUCCUUGUUGGUUCUGUUUGGCAGGUUUUUUUCAUACUUCCAAGGUGUGGAGGUCACUGACAAUGCCCUGGUGAAUGUGUACCCCGUGGGUGAAGAUUUUUAUGCCUGUACCGAGACAAACUUCAUAACAAAAAUUAACCCAGAGAAUCUGGAAACAAUUAAAAAGGUAAUAAAAAAAAAGCGAGAGAUACAUAUGGAUAGAUAGAUGAUAGAUGAUAGAUAGAUAGAUAGAUAGAUAGAUAGAUAGAUAGAUAGAGAUAGAUGAUAGAUAGAUAGAUAGAUAGAUGAUGGAUAGAAGGCAGAGGUUGAGGAGAAAUGCAAAAAGGUAAAGGAAAAAUGCUUUUGGUGAUGCACAGUCUGCACCUGCAACACAAUACCUGAUUAGAGAACUGUCUGACUGUAUAUGAGGUCUGUGGCAGAGUUCCUACAUGCCAGACCUCUCUCCCCAUUAGAAUCUAGUCCAGACAUUGGAAUACGUCAAUAAAUAUUUUGCAAAGUCUGUGCUCUCAGAAUGCACUAGUAAAUAUCAUGCAAACACGGACAUUUUUGGUAUUUAUGCCAGAGCCAAAUGACAUUCCAAUGACAUUCUGCUGGUUACUACCACUUGUGGGGCAUUCAUAACUGGAUUUAUGACAUCGUAAAGUGGCCGUGUUAGCUUUAUAGAUGUCGUGCUUCAGCAAGAGCUAUAAAGAGACCAGCAGUUUUACAGAAUUUGCUAUAAAUAUAUCACAGCUGGUACGAGCAGGCAGACCUUCUUAUAGGUGGUACCAGAGGACAGGACAAUGCCAUCAUUAAGAGAUUAGAGUCGGGUUGUUUUUCAUUGCAAGAUAUAGUUUUUGUGCAUGAAAAAAACUGCAUAAAUAGUUAUGUCUUAGCAGUAGCGUGUUUAUCAAAAUUAGCUGCAAGGACAUGUUGCAAUGUCAAUGUGAAACAUACAUUUAUGGCAAAAUAACAUUGCAUCAUAACUUCGUAUAUUUCCAAGUAUGUAGAACUUUUUUCUACAGUGAUUGCCUCUGUUUAGGAAAUUCUGUGGGGCUGAAAUCUAGCAGAAGGUGUCCUCCGGCUGGAGGAAGGGGAAACUUUUUCAGGUGACUACUCAACCUUUUCAGGGAACUGUGCAGAGAGGAAUUGGUGGGGGCUGGGGAAGAACAGUAUUUUCCCCCUUCCUGUAGCAGCGAUGUCCUGUGAGUGGAACUCCGCUUAUAGGAACUCUGGAUCCAGCCCAAUGUGUGUAGGGGCUACUACAGUAUUCAAAAUCAUUCUGUGAAUAAUCAAGGACUCAAGACACAGGCACAAAGUGGAUUUGGAGGAGUCAUCUUACCUUCUCAUCUUAUUUGCAGUUGGUACAAGCCUUGACUUUCCAACAGGCCCAUCCAGGCCCAGUUGAAGGGGGAUUAUAUUACCAGGUCAGGGGAACUGGUCAAUAUCAAACCUCUUUUAAAAUGUCAUAUUCCUUGUUUAUCAGUUUGAAUCCCCCCCCCUCCAGCAAAUGGUUUGUUUCUUUUUAGAUUUUUUGUGUCUAAAGUCAUAAUAAUAAUAAUUUUAUUAUUUAUACCCCACCCAUUUGUCUGGCUUUCCCCAGCCACUCUGGGCAGCUCACAGCAUAUAUCAGAACAUACUAAAACAACAAACAUAAAAAUGUUAUUGAUACAGUGCUGCCUUCAGAUGUCUUCUAAAAGUUAGCUGUUUAUUUCCUUGACAUCUGAUGGGAGGGCGUUCUACAGGGCGGGCACCACUACCAAGAAGGCCCUCUGCCUGGUUCCCUACAACCUCACUUCUCGCAGUGAGGAAACAGCUAGAAGGCCCUCGGCACUGGACCUCAGUGUCCAGGCUGAACAAUGGGGGUGGAUCCUUUAGGACCGGUGUUAUAUGGUCCCACAGCCACUCCGAGUCACCAGUCUAGGUGCCGCAUUCUGGCUUAGUUGUAGUUUCCGGGUCACCUUCAAAGGUAGCCCCACGUAGAGCGCAUUGCAGUAGUCCAAGCAGGAGAUAAUCAGAGCAUGAACCACUCUAGUGAGACAGUCUGCAGGCAGGUAGAGUCUCAGCCACAAGGUACCAAGUGGAGCUGGUAGACAGCUGCUCUGGACACAGAAUUGACCUGUGCCUCCAUGGACAGCUGUCUACCGUGAUGACUCCCAGGCUGUGCACCUGGUCCAAAAUGACUCCCAGGCUGUGUACCUGGUCCUUCAGGGGCACAGUUACCCAAUUCAGGACCAGGGAGUCCCCCCACACCUGCCCGCCCUGUCCCCCCAAAACAGUACUUCUGUCAGGAUUCAACCUCAAUCUGUUAGCCGCCAUCCAUCUGUCAAGCCCAGAUGAAUGUAUGGACCAACAAGGCAUCUUUCUAUUAUGCUCUCCAGGUGGAUAUCAGCAAAUAUGUUUCUGUCAAUGGAGUAACAGCACACCCCCACGUUGAGAAUGAUGGAACCGUUUACAAUAUGGGCAACUGCUUUGGAAAGAAUUUUUCCCUUGCCUACAACGUUGUACGGAUACCUCCCCUGCAAGCAGGUUUGUUCACUUCCAAAAAACAUCUGAGUACUUAGAAUAUGACUGCAUUGUUCCUUUUCCAGUAUGAGUAAAAUCUAUCCGCUACACAUAGUGCAAUACUUCUCGCUUUUCCUAUGAUUUCUGUCGCUUUUCCUUCUCUUACACAGUAGCUAAAGUGUCAGAAGCUGUGUGUGUGUAUUUUGCAAAAAAAAGCAUCAAAAGAGAUUUUUUUAAUGACUAGCUCAUUUUCAGAGAAGCAGUGCUUGUGUUUGAAGACAGAAUGAUUGAGUUGUAACUAAGUUCUACUCAGUUAGACCCCUUUAAACUAAUGGACCUAAGUUAAGUCUGUCCAUUAGUUUCAGUGGGUCUAUUCCCAAGUAUGAUUUAUGCUGGAUACCCUUUGUUUUUUCAUCUACCACACCUGUUUUCUUAUUCUUGUAUGGAAUUCUCAUUCAUUGGCUUGUACAAGAUCAGCAGAUGAAUUGUGUCUUUAUAUACAUAUAUAUUCUUUUUAGAUAAGAAAGAUCCAAUGACCAAAUGCGAGGUGAUUGUUCAGUUUCCUUGCAGUGACAGGUUCAAGCCAUCUUAUGUGCACAGGUAAAUUCCACCCUCUAAUAUAAGCCAACAAAAUAAACAUUAUGACUUCUGCUAAUAUAAAAGAGCAAUAUUGUUAGCACCCAUCUCGAGAGAGAGAGACAAUGGAGUGCACCUCUGGGUGGGAGUGAAGUCAAACGGUUGGAGAAUCACAGCGCCUACUAUGGCUGCAGAGACUGGUAAUGCAUAACUGCUGUCUCCUGCAUUGUUUCUGCUGCAUUAGCAGCACCGAAGUGACCUCUCUGGGGCACGAGCCAGGGCAGUGUAUAUGGAAGUCCUGGGCUGCCCAAAUGACAAGACCCCCCUCCCGGCUUCACUGAUGUAGUCCAAAGGAAAGCAGAGCAAUACGUUUGGCACCAGCUUGGCAGCAGGAGUUGCCAGGAGGCGUACAGGGUGCCAUCCAACUGUCUUAGGGACUCAACUCUGGAUUUGUGUAGGGUUUACUUCCCUGAAGAUAUCUCACAAGGUAAUGGAUGUUUAGGAUCAGAGUUUUCCUUCUCUUAAAUGGGCUCCCUUCCCAGGUUGAUGAGCCUCAUUUCCCUCUAUAGUACAUGUAGCAUGGAAAGCAUUGCUAAAGAGAGAAUGUGAUCAAGUAAAGAGAAUAGCAUCUUCAAAAGUUUGUACUGCAUAACUUACAUAUUAGGCAUUUUCUGGAAGUGCAAAUAAGCACAUGGAGAGGGUUGGUAUUCAGGUAGAUACUCUUCAUUUUGAUGUUCUAAAAGCUUUUAAUGAUGUCCCUGACCAAUAUAUCAUUCAUAUAAUCAAUCCAAAUUUGAAAGCACACAUUUCUAACAGAAAAUUGUUUGCCCCAUAUGUCAAAGCCUUUGUCUAUUAUUGACAGAUAAGAUUGAAUUAAAUUAGCAAUUAAAAAUGGGAAGAAACAGCAUGCAGCUGAAUAUUGCACACUUUCAUGUAUGCAAAAUGCUGCGUCGCCUGAAAUAAAACCCACAACUAUAUUUCUGAACAGCUUUGGAAUGACUCCAAAUUACAUCGUAUUUGUGGAAACGCCAGUGAAAAUCAACUUGCUCAAGUUUCUUUCUUCCUGGAGUCUUUGGGGUGCCAACUACAUGGAUUGUUUUGAGUCAAAUGAAAAAAUGGGGGUAAGUGAUGCUGCUCUGCAAUUUACGUGCCCCAGGGCCUAAAAGUAUAUUAUCUGAGGGCACAAAGCAGUAGAUGCUAUUUUAUGGGUUCCCACAGUUCAAGUGUGAUUUAUUUUAUUUUUUAGGUAUGGAUGCAUGUAGCUGAUAGGAAAAAAAAGAAGUACCUCAACAUCAAAUUCAGGACUUCACCUUUUAACCUUUUUCAUCACAUCAACACCUAUGAAGAUCACGGUUUUCUGGUUGUGGAUUUAUGCACAUGGAAGGGGUGGGUAUUGACAAGAAGGUUGCUUUCAGGUGAUUCUCCAAAGCGCAGUUUGGAGGUUGAGGAAUAUUCCCUUUGCUCGCAUGCUUCCUCCUCUUUGGUGCAUGUGUCUUACCAAGUUUAUUUGUGGUUUAAUCAAACCAUAGCUUCCUGCAACACUCAAAUAAUGCAGCAAACUAUCAUUCAAAGGUUUGGAGGGUCACCUGAAUACAGCCUGAGCAUUGCAUAGCACUCAAAAGAGCUCUGAAGUAAUCCACGCAGCAUGUGUCAAAUACCGAAGGAUUUUGUCAACUUUCUUUUCUAAGAGUGAUAGAAUAUGCAUGCUGGAAUAUAUCCUAAUACUUGGGAGUAAUUUUGCAGAGACAAAGGGAUCAACUGAGUAAUCGAAGACUUUAAGCCCAAGUCUUACUGAUUUUCUGGAUCCUGUUUCUAGAUCCUUAGGGUUGCAUGCUCAAUUCUGCUAGUUUUAAAAAAAAAUGCCACUUACUUUGAAAGACUGGUUGUGCACUAUUUAUUAUAUGCAGCAAUUACUGUAAAAAAUUUUUGUCAAACAAAUUUUGUGGGCCAGGACUCUUCAGGAAAUUUAAUCCAUCUCUUGCUUCUAGGGUGUCACAACAAAACCAUGUUAGAUGUCAUUAACUGCUUGCUUUCAACAUUUGAAUGCUGAUACUUUUAUCCUCCUACAGGUUUGAGUUCGUUUACAAUUACUUAUAUUUAGCCAAUUUACGGGAGAACUGGGAAGAAGUGAAGAAAAAUGCCCAGAAAGCUCCUCAACCUGAAGUUCGUCGAUACGUCCUUCCCCUAAAUAUUGAGAAGGUACCUGCAAUAGUGAAAGAGUUCUGUAUUUGAACUUGCAAAGCCUGAACAACAGUUGAAGAAUCAGUUUUCCUUUAAUGGAAUCUAUUGUUUCAUUCAUGUAUUUUGUCAAUGAUUCCAAAGGCCUGGUUGCAGAAGAACGUUUCUGUCUGGUGCCUAAAGAUAUGUAGUGAAGGGGCCAGGCUAGCCUCCCUGGGGAAAGCAUUCCACAAGUGGGGGCCACUACAGAAAAUGCCUGUUCUCUUGUUUCCACCCUCCUAGCCUCUCAUUGUGGCAGAGGCAGUUUUAGGGUAGCAUGACCAGUGUGUUUGCAUUACCGGCAGUCCCAUUUACACAGGGGUUAGGUUCCAAGGCACUGCACGCAUCUGUGAAAUCAUGUAUAAUUGAAACCCAUUGAAAAAGAAUGCGAACACCCCAUUCUGCCCCCACCCUGUCCCCAUUCUGCCAUUUUAGUGAUGUUUCAGUGACGUCUUUAUGAAGUUUCCUGGUCACUUCCGGGUUCAGCACAAUGUAUGUUUACAUGGUUGCACACAUACUGAACACAAAUGGGGAGCUGCCUGUAUAUGAGAAAGCACUACAGAACAGUGCCUGUUAUUAUUCAGUGAAUCAAGCUUGCUCCUACUUGCAAACUUUUUUCAUUAGCUUCCCUUUUUUAUCCUAGGCUGACACUGGCAAAAACUUAAUCACAUUGCCUAAUACAACAGCUACUGCAGUUCUGCACAGUGACGAAACCAUCUGGCUGGAGCCAGAAGUUAUUUUUUCAGGGCCCCGUCAAGGUAAGAUCAUCCUCAACCAGAAUAACAAAGACAGCCUAGUAAAUCUCCUCCUCCCUCCCAAUCUAUUUUCCUUUUGUGUUGUCUCUUUUUCAGUUGUAAACCUGACAGCAGGAAUUGUAGUUUUUUUGUUUUUUAAGUGAUCUGUAAGCCACUCUCUGAGCAUUUUUUUGGCCGAAGGGCAGGAUAAAAAUGCUUUAAAUAAAUAAAUGACUAAAAAUGACUCACUAAUUCCUGUAAAUGUUCUUGUGUUUUGUUUUAUAGCUUUUGAGUUUCCACAAAUAAACUAUGCAAAGUAUUCUGGGAAACCGUACACAUAUGCAUAUGGACUUGGAUUGAAUCACUUUGUUCCAGACAGGGUAAGUAUUAUGUGCUAAGAUGGGUGCAAAUUAAGAUUCCUUAAUAUGGUCAGGGCCAGCAUUGAUAGGAAUGUGCAAGACAACACAGUUUAGUGCAAUUUUAACACUAUCUUCAAGAGACUCUUAAUAUUAACAUCAAGCCCAAUCAAAAAGUCAUCUGGUUUCACUCAAACCUGAAAUAUAUUUAAAGUGAUUCUCAGCCCAGCAUUUAAAAGGUGUUCAUAGUACUAAAUAUAUUCUUUCGCUCUUUAUAAACACAGACACAUAAUCCAUCAAUACGGACAUUAAUUUAUGAACACUGUAUUUCAACAUCUAGCCAAAUAUCUGUCUAUUCUUGUGCACUGGGCUAAAUCCAUUCUUCACAAAAUUUCUGUUUUUUUACACCUCAUGAUAAAACAUAGUCAUGUUAAAAAAAGUCUGUCAUCUAUUGGGCUAAGACUUAAUUUUCAACACAGCUUUGAUAUGGCAAAGUGACCAUCACUUUGUCAUUUUUUCAUAUUUUUGUGAUAACACCCCAUACCAUAUUCUAAUAGCAAGCGCAUUGUGUAAAAAUGUAUGUCUGAAUUUGUGGUGAUUUUGCAAUAUCUAGAGAGUUAGUCAGUGUUUGACUAACAACUCUUUAUAUAAUAGGGAGAAAUUAACUUCAGUAUCGACCCCCACUCUUAUCUCUUUCUAGCUUUGCAAGAUGAAUAUCAAAACAAGAGAGACAUGGGUAUGGCAAGAACCAGAUGCCUAUCCCUCUGAACCAAUCUUUGUUUCACACCCAGAUGCCCUGGAAGAGGAUGAUGGUAAUGUUAUUUCUUUAUUCAAGUCUAUGCACAUUUUUUCUUCAGUGAGUUAGGAAGGCUUUCUUUGAAUGCCAGCCGUCUUACACAAUAAUUGCAAGAAAAGAAACCUUGUACACAAAUAUUCACUGAUAGAAUAAUGGAAAACUUGUUCAGAUUUUGGUUUGAUGGUCGUUGCAGUUUUCUUGGAUGAUAUAAUGGAGAUUUGUUGAAGUAUCUGGUGCUGCUUCAGCUAGGUAACUCCUUUUUAUUUUUGGUUCAGGUGUUGUCCUGAGCAUUGUCAUUAGUCCUGGAAGUGGACCAAAGCCUGGCUACCUUUUGAUCUUGAGUGCAAAGGACAUGAGUGAAGUCGCCAGGGCAGAAGUGGACAUAAACAUCCCAGUUACUUUUCAUGGACUCUUCAAACGAGCAUGAUGGUUGCACCUUCACUAGACCUAUUAUUAAAGCUUGACUUUUAGCGUAACGGAUGCAGCUACGAACUGUACUUUAAAAACUACACCCUUCCAACUAUCUGCCCUGAGGACCUGUAGAAGUAUUUUAACAUUUCAAAGAACUCCACACUGACAGAAUUCAAGAAUACUUUUAUGAUCCUCAUGUACUGUAGAGAAACAAAUGGUUUAUGAAACUGUCAGCAUUUGGUAUUUUUCAUUCAACAAAUAAAUUUAACUGUAAAGAAGCAUUGUCAAUUGCAAAAUAGUCUUUCAUGAGUCGGUAGCCUGACACACAAACUUUUAAAGCAAAUGGAUGAUUGUGUAGGUGGGUGGGAGUAAAGAGACUCAAGUCAAUUUAACACCCAAAAAAAACUUAAUUAUGGACAGAUUUUGUAACUGUUAGUCACUUAGCAAAUAUAUUUUCAGAAACAAAGUGAGAAUGCAUUCUUUAAUAUAGUCUUGAAUUCUAAUACUUUUUAACAAUUAUGAACAAGUUAAAAAAAUAAUUACAAUAAAUCUCUUAGCUUUUUCCCCACUUCUGAGGAAAAAUGACACAUUCAUGAUCUUACAUCCAGAAAGAAUUAAUCCAAAAGUCUUUAUUGCACCAACCUGAAGAGUCUUCAAGACAGAGGUAAAAACUGCAUUAAAAUUGUGAAUGUUCAUGAAAAGCUCUUUACAAUCAGAGCCUCAUAACUUAUAAGACACACCUCUGUGCACCGUCCUGCAGCUUCAACCACCUAAUAUAGUCAAAUUUCAGGGGCCAACUCUGUGGGAGGUAAAAACUGCCAGAGAUAAAAAUAAGGUGUUUACAUCAGUUGGCUCCCCUUCAUUUUGGCUUUUUUGGAAGUGGUGGCAAAGAAUUAUUUAAUUUAUUAGGUUUAUACACCAGCCUUCCUCAUAGGAUCUCAGGGUGGCUAACAGAAUACAAGAUAAAAACAAGUAAAUAAUUAAAAACAAAACAGUAAAACAGUAGCUUUUGGCUUGGCUGGUUAGUAUAUUCUGGUGUUUCUGGUGCUGUUAAAUCUGUUUUCUGUAUUAUUUAAGUUUUGUUUUAAAUUAUUAACUUGACACACCUUAAACCUUGGUAUAUCAGCUAAUAAAUGAUUUCCAUAAUACUUGUUUGGUUAUAUUCAGCACAAAAGACAUCAAUUUAAAGUAUCCUAUCAUUGGGUGUGGACAGUAAUAGAAGCAUGAUUGAAGACU